AUGGCUACUGUGUUGAUGAAGAACGCAAGGGCCCUGGGAAUUAUCCAAAAUGCAGUAUUUGAUCAAAUUUUCCCUCGAAUCGCCAACGCUGAAACGACAAAGAUGGCAUGGGAUCUAUUGUAUGGAGAGUACCAUGGUGGUGAUCAGGUUAGAUCAGUAAAACUUCAAAACCUUAGCUGUGAGUUUGAAUAUGCUAGAAUGUGUGAUAAUGAGCCUUUAUCUGGGUAUCUUACAAGACUAAAUGAGUUCAUUAAUCAAAUGAAAACAUUUGGUGAACCAUAUGAUCAUAUAUGUUUGGUUAUUGAGAAUACAAAAUGCUUAGAGACUGUAGAAUUGCAGGAGGUUGUUGCAAUCUUAAAGAGCCAAGAACAACAGUUCGAUUUGCACACUGUUGAUACAAUUGAGAGAGUUUUUGCCUCACUCUCUAAGAAUUCAAAAGAGCAAAACAAAAGCAGUGCUCAUUCUGGUCCAUCCAUAGUUCAGAAAAAUUGGAAUCCCAAGGGUAAGAAGUGGGAAUCAAAAUCCAAGUUUCAACAGAAACCUUUUGAGAAUACUUAUCAGAAUGUGAAUUCAACUCAACCAAUGAGUCAAAAGGUUACCAAACCUCAAUGCAAGGUGUGCUCUAAGUACCACUUUGGAAAAGUUCAAAUGCCAAUUGGAGAUCUUGCUAAUGUUGCUGGAAUAGGUUCUUUGGUCAUUGACACAAGCAAGGGGAGAAAGUAUGUUAGAGAAAUGAUGAACCUCCUUGGUUUAAAAGAAAAUUUGCUCAGUGUUGGUUAA